AUGGUCCGUUCUCCGGCCUUUGCAUCGUUGCUAGUUGCGGGCCUGUUGGCCGCUCAGGCAGCCGCAGCUCCUCCUCCGUCGGCAGACAAGGAAGAGCUGCGGUCUCACACCUUGCCCAUCAUCAUGCCUGACCCGAGGCCUACGGUGGCACCGGUUGAUGAGGAGCCUCUUCCUCCCAUCGUCGUCAGCGGCGGCGGCGACCCUGUCCUUUCGCCCAACCCGGCCCCUCUGACGACCGAAGAUAUACCAUUAGAUGACGAGGCACGCAAAGCAAACGAAGUCGGCAAAUCCGGCGAAACCAGGAAAGGCGACAAUGUUCUUCAGAAGUUUGCCAAGAAACUCAAAAAGAUCUUCCAUCGAGGACCUCCUCCGCCGCCCCCGACCCCGGAGCCUUGGUACCAAGAGCAGCUCCUGGCAGCCAAGUUCGGGACGACCCAGACAGGCAUCCUGCCCCUGGAGACCGACAUCUCGGACGCACUGCAAGCUCGGGAUCUCGAUCACAGAGACCAUGCUAUCGCUGCCAACGCCGCCGCUCCUACAGCUGCAGGAUUCCGGCAUGAGGAGGAGUUUCCCUUCCACCCGUCCUUCAGCAGAAAGACACUCUACAAAUUGGAGACACUGAGCAUCACCGGAUCGCUGCACAAGCCCACCGAGGAGGCCAAGCCGGACCCCGACAAGAAGAAGAAAAAGGAGAAGAAGGAGGACAAGAAGAAGAAGAACGACGAUGACAAGCACGUGACCGACCUGCUCAAUGCCAUUGACAAGAUGCACACAACGACGACCACCACCAAGACCACCACCAAGACUAAGACUAUGACGACGGCCAAGCCCAAGAAGCACAAGGCGGCCGGCGUUAUUGUGGAGGACAUCCCCGACUGGAAGACGUAUCUCGCGGGGCCGGGGCCGGUUGUGGCGCAGGCUCCUACGCCGACGGUUGAGAGCACCGUCACGCUGCUCAAGACCAGGAUCAAGUUCACGACCCGGACGUCGGUCCGGACGCGGACGCUGUUCCAGACUGUGUGGAAGCAGUUUACUGUCACUGGCUUUGUCACUGCGCAGCCGACGCAGCCUGCGGAUGCCACCUCGAGUGCUUGA